CUCCAGACAGGGACGGUCGCAGAUUUGACAUGGAUGUUGUACUUACAGAGAAUUACAGACAGUAUUCUAUUCCCUAGCGUAUGGGGCUGCUGUCGUUGAGAGAACUGCUCUGCCUAUCAAUCAAUUUCAGUGGUGACAGCUUGAUUGGUGCUCGGAAUAAGCCUCAAAAGAUCAUCCUGCGUGGGUAUCUGGAGUAUGAAGGUGCCUGUUCCUUUCCUGUUAUCCACUCGUGGGUUUGCCGAGGUAUUUACUGCGGUUCAAUAACUUAGAAUGCAUAAAUAGAAUGAUGGCUUAGCUGUGGUGAUGCUGGUGCCUGUCACAGCAAUGGCACACCGCUCACAUCAUAGUUUUUUGUGAUCGGCGAUGUGCAGCAUUCUAUUAUGGAGAUCUUUCUUGUCGAUGCAAUGUCUUGGGGUCAUUGUGCUGGAUACAGUAGGAGGUAGCUGCCUAGCCUAUGCGGUCAACUGGAGGACGAUUGGUACUUCCAUUGCGACAUUAGUGGAUGAUGGUCGCAAAGGUUUCACGAGGGAGACUGUGAUGGUCUGAGACAUUAUUAGCAUCAGAACACCAACAAGGAAGCCUUUUGAACAUGAGGAGAAUAAAGGUUGAUUGUCUGUACAUACUCUCUGCCUGAGGCUUAUGAGGGCAGCUAUACCGCCUGUCAAAUAGCUGACUGAGCUUCUGAAACAGAGAGGAAUGAAUGGCUUGGCUGGAAUGCGUGCCGUGAAGUAGACAGUCGAUGACGUCCCGUGAUUUCAAUCACCACCAGAAAGAGAUCCAUGAACAAUGCCGACCAAUCCAC